GUGGUUCCCGUUCCUUUGACGCUAAGCCUCUGCACAAGGAUGUGGAGCACAUAGUGCUUUGCAUAUGCAAGCAGAGCAGUGGGUGAAAUAAGGGCCAGUAACUUAACAGGCAAAAACUAGAAAGUGACAAUCUUCCCAUUUCUGAGCUGGCAUGAUGGUGAAAAGUACUUCACCUAUUGGGUUUCAGCUUGAAAUGUAGAUGUUAAAAACUAUUUGAUUCCGAACAGAAAUAAUCAUUUCAGACUCAGAAUGGUUUGAACAGAUUGUGCAAAAAUUCUCAUUUUGACUACAACACAUAGAAUCCCCUAGUUAUCGUGACCAUUCUUGCUGGAGAGUUCUGGGAACCAAAAAAAGAAUAAAGGGGAAAAGGCAACAUUUCUAAACUCUAAGUUGGCUACUCUUCUCGUAGAUCCUUUCUAAGCUCCAGACCUCAGGCUGUGGAGAGAUUCCCCCUGAUACACACCACUCUGAUAAUGGCACUUCUUCAGGACUGGAAAAUGUGGGAGAGCCAUCACCUCCUGAAGCAAUGGAUCCCAUUUAUGUUCAUAUUGGUGCCAAGGAAAUCACUCUCCCUUGCAAGCCUUCAAAAACUGACGUUGUAUUUGGUAUGAAUCCCAGCUACAACUGGAGCCUGGAUAAUGGAGAAAUCCAUGCUCUCCCUGGUGAUGCUACCCUGACUCUACAUAUGUUUCGCCCUGAGGAUAGUGGACUGUAUGAGUGCUCAAUCUCCUAUAUUAAACAAGGUCAACUCCACACCAAGACUUUCUACCAUACAGUGGUGGGCUAUCACAUACGUGGAGAGCUGGAGAUCCUACUGGUAUUUGAGAGCAGCUCUUGUGAUGAGGAUUUGACUCGUGGGUUCUUGAGAACCUUGCAUGAGCAGCUGAAUCAAGUGGUGUCUCGCCUCCACACUGAGAUCCUCGUUGGGGAUACCACCUGCUUCCCAACCUUGAACAAGCCUUUAGAUGCGUUCAACCUUCAGGUAGCGCUAAAAGUGUCUCCCUUCAUCAAGGGCUGGGAUGAAUCCUGCUCCCCCAAGAUUGAUCAGCUAGAAUUUGAAUGUUACCACUCAGCGGUCCAGACCAAUCUACAGAAAGCCAAGGAUGCAUUGACUGAUUUCUUUGAAGAGAACAAACAUUUCCACCUGGGAGAAACCCUUGGCUCCCGUGCCUCCUUUAUGAACACCUUUUUCAACUUCCUAGAGGGUGGAAAAUGCCAGAGCGGUUACGGACAGACACAGGAACUAGAGGAACGCUGUCCCGACUGCUGUACCUUGUGCCCUCCUGGAACAUAUAGUGAGGCUGCAGUUGAUGGCUGUGUUCUUUGUCCAACUGGGACCUAUAGCCUGCACUAUGGGACAUCUGUCUGUAUAAUGUGCCAGCAUAACUGGCCUACUGAACAUCCUGGUGCCAGAAGAGCUGGAGAGUGCAUGAGUUCAAGAGCCUCUUUAUCACGCCGGUUUCCUGUACUGAUGAUGGCACUUGUCUUACUGCCACUUGGUUGCCUUUGUCUCAUUGUGCUCUUUUGCUAUCGCUUUCGCCGUCGCUGGAAGAUGAUUGCCUUUUUUAUUGCAAAAGAUGAACAGAUUGACCAGGAAAAAGAAACCCCAAUCCUUUCUGGAGAUGUUGCCCUUCAGGACUCCCAAGGAUAUGAUUCUCCUGUGCCACCUCCUAGCCUCGAGCAGCCUUACAAUGAAGCAGUUAUAUUUCCACCUUGUGCUGAGGAAGCCGCUGAGCAUGGUCCUAAGGAAGCCACUGAGCAUGGUCCUGAGGAAGCCAUUGAGCACGGUCCUGAGAAUGUUGCCAUUCUCGACUCCCAAGAACAGGAGUCUUUAGUGCCACUGUCUCCUAACCCGGAGCAUCCUGCUGACAAUGAAGCAGUCAUGUCUUCACCUCCUGCCACUCUGGAAAAUCAGCCAGGUGGGGUUACAUCCCCACCCCCUCCCAUGCCAGAAGAACUACCUGUUCUUGAAGAUGAUGGUUUCCCACCAUCUUCACCUGCCACAGAUGUAGAAAGCGAUGAUUUCCAUUAAAUUACUGCU